CCCCACCGCAUCAAUCAGCAUGCGUCAAUUGGCCUUAAAGCUCACACCCCGAGUCAGCAUUGCCCUAAUAUAAAAUUAACACCCCAUAAAUUCUUUUCAAAUCCCCCGUCCCUGAAGAUGGAAGCCAUUAGCGCUCAAAUUCUGGCUCUGGCAAAGACCGCCGAUCAAGCUGGGCGCAGGAAGGUGCUGGACACUCUGAAAAGCUUGCAAAAUGAGAUCGAGACUCCAUAUGACACAAUCUGGCGACUUGGAGGCGUGCAACUUCAAAUAUCUCUGGCCCGUGUUGGCAUUGAUCUAGGUAUCUUCGAAGCCCUGAAAGCGAGCGAGCAACCUCUCGGUGUCGAUACUCUUGCUGAAAAGAAUGGAGCUUCUCCAGAGCUAUUGGGCCGAAUUUUGAGGUAUCUUGCGUCGCAAGGCAUGAUCAAGGAGACCAGCAAGAACCAUUUUACUACGAGCAAUUUGACUAGCAUGCUUGCGGACAAGAACUACCAAGGCGGCAUCUACCACACCUUCGAUACCGUGGGGCCUCCCAUGGCAGCACUCCCCGACUUUCUUAUCGACACAAAGUAUGCCGCAAUUACAGACAAUACCAAAACGCCUUUCCAAAAGGCAUUCAACACAGAGCUUCCUGCAUUCAUCUGGUUUCCAGGCCAGCCGAAACUAUUCGAGCACUUCCAGCGCUUCAUGACAGUCCAACGUGCAGGAGCCGUGUCGUGGCUUUCGGUGUUCCCCUUUAAGUCGCUACUUGGCGACUUCCAUGGAAAGACUGCUUUUGUUUAUGUUGGAGGUGGCUUCGGUCACCAAUGUAUCGCAAUCAAGGAGACUUUUCCGGAACUCUCUGGGAAACUGGAGCUUCAAGACUUGCCUCAGACAUUACAGCAUGUCCCGUCUAUUGACGGAGUCAGUGUCGUCGUACACAAUUUCUUUGAGCCACAACCAUCCAAGGAUGCCAAGUUCUACUACCUGCGCAACAUCCUCCAUGACUGGCCUGAUGACAAGGCACUCAUUAUCCUCAAGAACAUUAUCCCUGCCAUGGGCCCAGAUUCUCGUAUUCUCAUCGAUGAUAUGGUACUUCCAAAUGAGAACGUUCACUGGCACGCAACGCAGCAAGAUUUGGUCAUGAUGUCCUCUCUUGGUGCCAUGGAGCGCACUAAAGACCAGUGGUAUGCUCUAUUGGAGGAAGCGGGCCUGAAGAUCCUUGAGAUCUAUGAAUACACCCCUUUGCUAAACGAAUCGAUUAUUGUCGCUGUGCCCAAAUAG